CAGCACACGGACACGCCACGGAGCUGGGACACGGCAGGCAGUACGGCACGCCGCAAGCGCGCGCGAGAGGCCUGAGCCGGAGCCGGAGCUGGAGCCGCCUGCCUGCCUGCCUGCCUGAACGCCUCCCUCCCUCCAGUGACGACUGGUGGUAACGCUGCCUGCCUCACACUUGCCCUCUCCUCCUCACACUUUCCCCACCCCCGUCGGCGCCGGCCGAUCCACCGCCAAUCUAAUCUCACCGCGCGCGCGCAUCCUCCUCCUCCCCCUCGCCGUCCCGUUCCAAGAGCGGCGCCGGUCCGAUGGGUCGUCCGCCGAGCACCACCGGUGCUCCGGCGUUCCGCUUCCUCCCGUCCGAGGUGGCGGAGAUGGAGGCCCGCCUGCAGCAGCUCAACAACGGCAUCCCUUCCCGCGGCGUGCUCCAGACCCUCGCCGAUAAGUUCUCCGCCUCGCCUGAGCGCGCCGGCAAGGUGGCCAUCCAGCCCAAGCAGGUGUGGAACUGGUUUCAGAACAGGCGCUACUCGCACCGUGCCAAGUCCACCAGGGCCGUGCCGUCGCCGCCGGCUAAGAUGACGCCCUCGGGGGCCGAUCACCACCAGCACGCCGCCAACGCCUCCGCCUUCAGGGCCGCUCAGCCCUCUUCUGUCGCUGCUGCUCACCAUGGCGCCUCCCCAACAGGGAAGAACCCUGUGGAAGGUGUCUCGGUUGAGUUUGAGGCCAAGUCAGCCCGUGAUGGUGCAUGGUAUGAUGUUGCUGCCUUUCUGUCACAAAGGUUGUUUGAAACUGGUGAACCGGAAGUGCGGGUUCGUUUUUCUGGAUUUGGGGCUGAGGAGGAUGAAUGGAUCAACGUUCGCAAAUGUGUGCGACAACGUUCUCUUCCAUGCGAGGCCACAGAAUGUGUUGCUGUGCUUCCUGGGGACCUCAUUCUUUGUUUUCAGGAAGGUAAAGAGCAGGCUCUCUAUUUUGAUGCUCGUGUCCUUGAUGCUCAAAGGAGAAGGCAUGAUGUUAGAGGCUGCCGUUGUAGAUUUCUUGUUCGCUAUGAUCAUGAUUCUUCUGAGGCGUUUUUCUAUUUGGCCACAAUAACAGGCGAGGCCAGAUUACCGAAGGAAAUUGUUCCACUGAGGAAGGUGUGCCGCCGACCAGAUACUGACUACAGGCUUCAGAUUCUGCAUGCUGCUAGAGUGGCAGCCACGAAUGCAGAUAUUCACACUCCACCCAAAGAGAUUAAAGUGGAGUUGACAUCCAAUGAUAAAAGCCCAACCGAGCAGAAACCCCAGAAGCAGCACAAGAUGAUGGACGUGAAUACUGAUGAGGUGACCAUGGUGUCCACCUUGGAACAAGACGAGACACAAGGCAAGACUGUCGCCCCCUUACCGUCAUCAACUGUAGAAACCCGCAAUUCAAGUUCAGAUGCGGUGAUGAAGGAUGCGGAGGCUUCCUCGGUGGUUGAAGAUGACGACGAAGUUCAGGUGGUUGACAAGAUGAAAGAGGGCUAGUUUUUUUUUUUUUUUUUUUUUUGGCAACUUUCUAACUUUAGUUUGUAAUUUUUUUUUUCUAAUUUAGUGUGUAUCUAGGUCAUCAGUACCUAUCUUACUUACCCUGUAGUAUCUUAAUGGCUUCAGAACUUCUGGACAAUUGAGGUGAAGGAUGUUGUUGGGUUCAAGACCAUAAUGUAAACAUUUGCCUUGCCUGCGCCUUUU